CCGUCGUCGUGGUGGUGGGCAGUGUGAGCGCGGACGCAGCGCCGGCCACGUGGCGAGCGUGCGUCGCGAUGUCGCUCCGCCGCUGUUUGUUGGUGGUGGGCGUGUUGUUGUGCGGCGCGGACUCGCGCGCAGACAUAGACAUACGAAUUGGUGUGGUGGAGGCGGACCCGCAGCUCGCGCAGCAGCUGGCGGCGGCGGUGGACGCGGCGCGCAACGCCCCCGGGGCUCCCGGGGCUCCCGGGGCUCCCCGGGCUCCCGAGGCCGGGGUCGCGCCCGUCGAGCCCGACGAGCCGCUCGCGCUGCCCGCACAAGUCUGCGCACAGGCGGCGCAGGGCGGGGUGGCGGUGGUGAGCGGGGCGCGGGGUGGCGCCGCGCGGCUGGCGGGGGAGGGCGCGGCGCGCGCGGGGCAGCCGCUGCUGCUGCUCUCGCCCGCGCCCCUCUACCACGCCUGGGAGGCGCUAGCGCUGCACCCGCACCAAGAUAUAUUCGCGCAGAUAUGCCGGGACCUCUGCGCGGAGAAGUCGUGGCAGCAGGCGGUGCUGCUGUACGAGGGGAGUGCUCACAGCGCGGCUAUGAUCGCGCCCGACGCGGAGCACCUCACGCUGAUCCCGCGCCAGCUGCCCCCGCGCGGUGACGACGCGCUGCUCAGGAACUUGCUGUUGCUGCUGAAGAAGUCGGGGAGUACGAAUUUCAUAGUGUGGUGCGAGGAGGCGGAGCGCGCGCGGCUGGUGCUGGACGCGGCGCAGCGCGUGGGGCUGUUGUCCGAGCGGCACUCGUACAUCGUGCUCACCGUGGACCUGCACACGCAGCCGCUGGCCAACUACAGCCACGGCGGGGCCAACAUCACCACUUUGCAGUUAUUCGACCUGGAGUCGUCUGAGGUGGUGACAGUGAUGGAGAGAUGGCGCGACGCGUACGUGACUCGACUGGGCGGCGACGUGCCCCAGGAGCAGCUGCAGGAGGUGAUGUCGGCGCCACCCUCCGCGCUGCUGCUGGCUUACGACGCCGCCCGCCUCGUCACCGCCGCGCUCGACUACCUCCAGCUGCAGACGUUCGGGGAGGGCGCCUGCGAUCGCGGCGUCGGCUCCUUCCAUGCCGACACACUUCUAAAUUACCUGCGCUCCGAGGAGUGGAGCGGCGCUAUGAGCUUGAGCGGCGGCGGCGCGUCGUGGGAGAGCGACGGCGGGCGGCGCGAGGUGCAGGUGCGCGUGGCGGAGCUGCAGCGCGGCGGGCGGCUGCAGGGCGCCGCGCUGUGGUCGCCGGGGACCGGGCUCGCCUGGCAGCGCCCCGCGGGGCCCCUCGAGCCGCCCCCCUCGCAGAUCUCCAUCGCCAAUCGCACCUUCACCAUCCUCAUCGCGCCGAAUCAGCCCUAUGUGAUGAGACAGGAGUCGUCCCAAAGACUAUCCGGAAACGAUCGUUAUGAAGGUUUCUGCGUGGAAUUGAUCAGUAAGCUAUCAGAGCUGUUGAAUUUCACGUAUACGCUGGUGGAACAGCCGGACGGCAAGUACGGCUCCCCGACCAACGUGUCCGGCGAGUGGGACGGCAUGCUGGGACAGCUCAUGCGCGAUCCGAAAAUCGACUUUGCAAUCACAGACUUGACCAUCACGGCGGAACGCGAGAAGGCAGUUGACUUUUCAACGCCAUUCAUGAACCUCGGCAUCAGCAUUUUAUUCCGAAAACCUAAGACUCCAGAGCCGGAAUUAUUCGCAUUUCUUUUGCCGUUCUCUAAGGAGGUUUGGAUUUGUCUGGGCUUUGCAUAUUUGGGUACAUCGCUGCUGCUGUAUGUGGUGGGCCGACUGUGUCCUGAGGAGUGGCAGAACCCGUACCCGUGCCUCGAGGAGCCGCUGGCUCUCGAGAACCAGUUCACGCUUGAGAACGCGCUCUGGUUCAAUCUGGGAGCUAUGCUGCUGCAGGGCUCCGAAAUUGCUCCUCUGGCUUACGGCACGCGUGCAGUGGCGAGCGCGUGGUGGCUGUUCGCGCUGGUCAUCACCAGCUCGUACACGGCCAACCUGGCCACGCUGCUCGCGCACAAGAGCAGCGACGAACUCAUUCACAACGUACAGGACCUCGCCGACAACGAACUCGACAUCACCUACGGCGCUAAAAUCAAUGGCUCCACCUACACGUUCUUCCAGCAUUCACAAAACGAGCUCUACAAAAGAAUGUUUAAACACAUGAGCGAACACGACAUGCCCGGAGACAACAACUCUGGAAUACAGAAGGUGGUGAAUGAAGACUUUGCAUUCCUUAUGGAGUCUACUUCAAUCGAGUAUACGAUACAGCGCAACUGCGAAGUUACGAUGGUGGGCUCGCUGCUGGACAGCAAGGGAUACGGCAUCGCGAUGAAAAAAAACUCUCCGUAUCGACACCAGCUGAACCUGGCGCUACUGAAUCUGCAGGAGUCUGGAGUGCUGCGCGAGAUGAAAUACAAAUGGUGGAACGAGAAGCACGGCGGCGGUGCUUGCAAUGUCGGGGACGAUCCAUCGAGCGAGGAACUAAAGAUGUCAAACUUUCAGGGCUUGUUCGUAGUAUUAGUAGUGGGUUCCGCGCUGGGGAUAGUGGUCUCGUGCUGCGACAUGAUAUGGGCCGCCUGGCGCCACCCCCGGGACCCCGACGUGCCGUUCAGUCGACGCUUGUGGUCGGAGAUUCGUUUCGUAUUCCGAUUCGAGCAAUCGGAGAAACCUCUACAGGGUCCGCUGAGCGGGUCGUCGAGCGGGUCCGCGCCGCGCUCGUCGUCGGCGGCGGCGGGCAGCGAGGAGGCCGCGGAGGAGGCGGAGGAGGUGGCGGAGGCGGCGGAGGAGGCCGCGGAGGAGGCGCGGCGGCGGUCGUCGUGCGGCCCGCGCGCGCGGCGCCGCUCGUCGAUGCACGCGGCCAGCGUGCGGCUGGCGAGGCACGCCGCGCGCCGCUCGCACUCGCCCACCCCCCCGCGGGCCACCCCCGACCGCGCCCGUGCACUCUCACCGCCCACGUGAGGGUGCAGCGCCCUCACUCCUCUCCAU